GGGCUGCCAUCUAACGCUUGCUAUUUUUUAUUAAAAACAUCUCUUGAUUCGCUGUUGUAAAUUGUAAUUUUUUUGACCAAAAGAGAAAUAAAAUUAUUUAAAAUGAUGGUAUCAAGACCAUAAAAGACACAUACAAAAGCACAUAGAUCAAGAUCAAGGAACUAAAGCACUUUAGUUGUUGCAAUUCUGGUGGGGUAGUUUCAUUUCAGACGCAAUGUGUUGAACACAUGGUGGGACGGGUGUGUGUGUGUGUGUGUGGGAGUGUCACUCACGUGUUGGUGUGGAGGGGUGGAUCGAAGUUGAAGAAAAUAUUAGGAUGAAAUGACCAACUGGAUAGAAAUCAAUUGGCAUCACAAGUGGGGGGUGCAGCCUAUUAUCAUUGCUGUCUAGAGACAUCUGAAACUCCCAAGAGGUGAUGUCUGCUGAGCCAGUGCUGGCCAACAGUGCAGAGGAUGCACCACCAAGUGGAAAACGAAGAAAACUAGCGCAGAAGUGUGAUGCAGCGCGCUCCACCCCGGCGGAGGUAAAGGACCGCGCGCGCUGUCGGCUGUUUGUCGGCUUCCCGGAGGGCCAGCUGCGGGACGUGCGUCAGGCAACCGGGCUGUUCCCGACCGCCACCUCGAUCGAGCUGCCGCGCGCCGUCGAGUGUCAGUUCGAGUCGGCGGCCGAGGCGGCCGCCGUGGCGACGCGGCUGCAGGCGGAGGUGCUGGCCGGCCGGCUGGCCUCCGCCGAGGUGGUGCGUGCCGAGCGGCCCGCGCCCGGCGCCGGACCGCGUACCGUGCUGCGCGACAUGACGCGUCUGCACGUGCGCGGCAUCCAGCGCACGGUGACAGUGCCGGAGCUGCGCGAGCUGUUCGCCGGCUGCUCUGAAGUCACCGUGCCGGGAAACAACGCCCGCGGCAACAACGGCUACGCGUUCGUGCAGUUCCCCGACCGCGAGUCGGCGGCGGCCUUCAUGGCGCAGCAGCUGAAGCUGCAGGAAAAAACCCUGACCUUGUCCUACGCCGUGGAGCGCGACAUGAAGCGUGCCGGAGAGCCCAACUUCGAACUGGUGGAGGUGGACAGCGACCCUGGCGGCAAACCACCGAAACAGGACUUACCUGGGCCGCCGAACGGUGGGGCUGGGGAUAAGCCUGCGGCGAAAGAGAAAAAGAAAUGGAAACACGGGAAGAACACAAAGAUACAUAAAAAUGAUGUGUACAAGAAUCAAAGCACAGUGAUGACAACAUAGUCUGGGGUCAUGCGGUAGGACUUGUGUCAUGCCAUGCUGUCAUGCCUGGAACAAGUGACGUUUUCGUUUUGCUGUCGCAAAGUACCUAUUAACAUCCAGAAAAUCAGUUAUUGUUUCAUGUUGCGCUUUCUCUAGAAUCUGAUCGUGAUACAUGAUAACCAUGAUGACUGCAAAUAAAUCGUUAUUUGUUA